UUGGGGAAACAUCGCUUUUCAGCAAUGGAGCCGAUAGCAGCAGGACUGAUUUUUCUUCUGUGCCAACAGAUUCACAACACAGGAGCUCUUCCUGUUGGGGAUAACCUUGCCAGCUAUCCACAAGAAGCUUCAGGAAAUGGCAAAGAAGAACCUUUUGAGGAAGAAGCUGUUGCUGCCAAGACAAGAAAUGAAAACUCUCUGUGUCAGAUUAUUCCUGUCACAGAUGAUCCUUUGACGGAAAUCACCACCACUCUGCCUCCAAUCUCUGUCAGUAAACCAGCACAGGGAACACAUCAGAAACCCCCCCCUCCUCUUCCACCUAAUGUGUACUACCUCCCUGUUAUACCCUAUAACGUUCUCCCGCCUAAUCCAGCCAGUGGAGGGUCUUAUGUGUAUGGACAAGGUGCUGAUGGUGCCAGGCUCUCACAAGGAAGGGGUCAGGGUCUUCCACACUCACCUGUUGCAGCAUCUGGCAUUCUCCCAGUUCCUCAGUGGGUCUUAGAUCUUCAGAGAGAAAAACAACCACCAGCGAGCCAGUUUCUUCAAAGCAGCAUCAAUCCAAAGGGAGAUCGAAGACGUCCCCUCCUGGCUCAAAACCUUGAUGUUACAUCAAGUGAGACGUCGUCUGAAGAGGACAGUGACAGUGACUGAAGAGAGGCUGGAGGUGACUCAAUCCUGUAAACAUCCACUGGGGCAGAUUAUAAAUGCGUAACUGUGUUUUAAACAUUCACACAAAUGCUUUCAUUUGAUAACGGUACAUCUGAUGUGUUCAAUAAAUUAAAAGUAAAUACUUUUUAAGAGAAUUGCAAUUGCAAUUCAAUACCUUUCUUACGGUCACACCAGUCAAGGAACAAUGACUGAAGUUAUUUAUAUCACAUUUUGUCAUUACUUCACAGGAGUAUCUAACAAUUCAUAAUCCACUGAUAUGGCCUCGACAUGGACAGAUUGACUGAUGCGUCAGAAAUGGAUGGAUGGAUUAACCAAUUAAAAAAUAUUUAAUUGAAGCUUUUAAGCACUUGCUAAAAUUGACACCUGUCUAGUAUGUGUGUAGGAGCUUUCUAGCUACUAUGGUGAGGAACAGAAAGUGUUUGCCAAAUGAAACUCCACUGUCAUGUCUCCUGACAGCCCACAGCCACAUACAAAAAAUAUUCACACACAACGUUAACGUCUACAAGAAAGAAAAGAAGUUUCAGACUUGUUAAUACCUUCUAAAGCCUUUGUUUUUGUCGCAGGAACUGAAUUAAAUGCUUUUUUAAGACUUUCCAGGACCCGCAGAUGUGCUCCGUUUCAAC